UCCCGGGGAAGCUGCAGCACCCAAGCGGAGCCAGUGCUGGGCUUCCAGUCAAGGUUACAGAAGUCGAACUCCAUUUGUCCAUGGUUCCCACUUGGAGCCAACUCCAUUGCUGUCCAGGUGCUUAACAAGCAGCUUGCUGUCCUAUUGACUUCCGGGCAUGAACCAGAGCCCUAGGGAAACUGGAGCCCCAAGUCCCUCGUGUCCCGUUCCGAUCUUUCCAAACCCAGAGACCUGAAGUUCAGAGCCCAGCGUGGUUCCUCGUACACAGGUACACUGGGCUGGUGGAGACCCACCUGACGCCCCUAAGAAUUGGCCAGAAGCUUCUUGGAGAGGCUCCGGCAGCCUGGACGUCCAGGCGCACGCAGCAGGCAGCCCCAGCCUCCACCUGCUGUCAUCAGCGUAAUGCAUUCAUAUCUACAAUAUGGCAAAUUUCAUAUCCUCCCUGUCUCUUUUUGCAUUAUUGAUGGACUCUACACUUAAAAAAAAAUCAAUAGAUCAGGGCGUGGAGCUGGAGUUAAAAGACGCCCUUAAAAGUCCACUCUCCUUGUUUUUGCUGCUUUGAAUAACAACAGAUAAAGCUUUCCCUCCGGUUUGAAUAAGUCAAGCCUGUGAUUGGCCAGGACUAGGAAAAUGCAGUAAAGAUGCAAACACAAGCAAAUAUCACCCAGAGCCUGUGCAGCCAUUAGGCUGAGACGGCCGGACCGGAGGUGCUGCUUCGGGGUAGUUCUUGGGAACUGCUACUGCCUGCUCACCAGGAGACUAGGAAGACAGAGUCCUGGGAAGACAAGCGCCAUGUCUCUGAGCAGUGCCUUCAGGGCUGUGGGCAACGACCCUGGGAUCAUCACCUGGAGGAUCGAGAAAAUGGAGCUGGUACUGGUGCCCCUGAGCGCCCACGGCAACUUCUACGAGGGCGACUGCUACAUUGUCCUCUCGACUCGGAGAGUGGGCAGUCUCCUCUCCCAGAACAUCCACUUCUGGAUUGGGAAAGACUCCUCCCAGGACGAGCAGAGCUGUGCCGCCAUCUACACCAUUCAGCUGGACGACUACCUGGGAGGAAGCCCCGUGCAGCACCGAGAGGUCCAGGACCAUGAGUCCGACACCUUCCGCGGCUACUUCAAGCAGGGCAUCAUCUAUAAAAAGGGGGGCGUGGCCUCCGGGAUGAAGCACGUGGAGACCAACACGUACCACGUGAAGCGGCUGCUGCACGUGAAGGGGAAGAGAAACAUCAGGGCCGCGGAGGUGGAGGUGAGCUGGGAUAGUUUUAACCGCGGCGAUGUCUUUCUGCUGGACCUCGGGAAAGUCAUCAUCCAGUGGAAUGGUCCAGAAAGCAACAGCGGGGAGCGCCUGAAGGCUAUGCUUCUGGCAAAGGAUAUUCGAGACCGAGAGCGCGGGGGCCGUGCUGAGAUAGGAGUGAUCGAGGGCGACAGGGAGGCAGCCAGCCCGGAGCUGAUGACCGUCCUUCAGGACACCCUUGGCCGACGCUCUGUUAUCAAGCCUGCGGUCCCUGAUGAGAUCAUAGAUCAGCAGCAGAAGUCAAAUACCAUGUUGUAUCACGUCUCCGACUCAGCCGGGCAGCUGGCGGUCACAGAGGUGUCCACGAGGCCGCUGGUCCAGGACUUGCUGAACCAUGAUGACUGCUACAUCCUGGACCAAGGCGGAACCAAGAUAUACGUGUGGAAAGGGAGAGGAGCCUCCAAGGUUGAGAAACAGGCGGCCAUGUCGAAAGCCCUGGGCUUCAUCAAGAUGAAGGGCUACCCCGGCAGCACCAACGUGGAGACCGUCAACGACGGUGCCGAGUCCGCCAUGUUCAAGCAGCUGUUCCAGAGAUGGUCCGUGAAGGACCAGACCGCGGGCCUGGGAAAAACAUUCAGCGUUGGUAGAAUUGCUAAGGUUUUCCAGGACAAGUUCGACGUGACUGUGCUGCACGCCAAGCCAGAGCUAGCUGCCCAGGAGAGGAUGGUGGACGACGGCCACGGGAAAGUCGAGGUCUGGCGAAUUGAGAACCUCGAGCUGGUGCCCGUGGAGCGUCAGUGGUACGGCUUCUUCUAUGGCGGAGACUGCUAUUUGGUUUUCUACACAUACGAGGUGAACGGCAGGCCAAAUUACAUCUUAUACAUCUGGCAGGGCCGCCACGCCUCCCGGGAUGAGCUGGCAGCCUCAGCAUACCAGGCCGUAGAGCUGGACCGGCAGUUUGACGGAGCCCCGGUGCAGGUCCGGGUCAGCAUGGGGAAGGAGCCACGCCACUUCAUGGCCAUCUUCCAAGGGAAGCUUGUUAUCUAUGAGGGUGGGACUUCUAGGAAGGGAACUGCUGAGCCCGACCCUCCAGUAAGACUCUUCCAGAUUCAAGGGAACGACAAAUUUAACACCAAAGCAGUGGAGGUUCCAGCCUUCGCCGCCUCCCUCAAUUCCAACGACGUCUUUCUGCUCCGCACCCAGGCAGAGCACUACCUGUGGUAUGGCAAGACUACAGCAGGAAAUCCUGGAUGUCCAGUCGCGUCUCUUUGAAUGCUCCAACAAGACGGGCCGGUUCAUUGUCACGGAGAUCACAGACUUCACCCAGGAUGACCUGAACCCAAGUGAUGUGAUGCUCCUGGAUACCUGGGACCAGGUGUUCCUGUGGAUCGGAGCUGAGGCCAAUGCCACAGAGAAGGAGCGGGCCCUGGCGACUGCCCAGGAGUACCUGCAGACUCACCCCGGCGGCCGAGACCCCGACACGCCCAUUCUGAUCAUCAAACAGGGCUUCGAGCCUCCCACCUUCACCGGCUGGUUCCUGGCCUGGGACCCUCACGUCUGGAGUGCAGGGAAGUCAUACGAACAGCUAAAGGAAGAGCUGGGAGACGCUGCUGCUAUCAUACAACUCACUGCUGACAUGAAGAAUGCCACCCUGUCCCUGAAUUCUGAUGACAGUGAGCCAAAAUAUUACCCUUUAGAAGUUCUGUUAAAAAGUCAGAAUCAGGGGCUGCCUGAGGACGUGAACCCUGCCAAAAAGGAGAAUUACCUCUCUGAACAGGACUUUGUGUCUGUGUUUGGUAUCAAAAGAGGACAGUUUACUGCUUUGCCUGGCUGGAAGCAGCUCCAGCUGAAGAAGGAGAGGGGGCUUUUCUAGGGGAGAAGGCUGAUGCCCACUGCAAGAUCACAAGGGGGCAGAGAGUGUCAGCGUUUGGACAGAAGUCACCAGCGUCUGCCUGGCACUCAGCUGCUUAUCCAGAUACAACAGUCUGAGACACCACAGCAUGCUCGCCAUGUGUGCUUGUUCUUGCCCUCCUUGGUUGUUAUAUACCUACAAUAACCCUUUUUUUUGGCUUUUGUGGCUAGAGACUUGGCACAAAACUGCAUAAAUCUAGAGAAAUAAAAAAAAGAACCAAAAAA